AAGGCUCCUGCAAAGGCAAUGAGCAAAGUUUGUGAACAAGUUCUGAAGGAGGUUUUGCAGUUAGACAACGACUUGUGUCAACAGAGCCCACUUCUACAGGGUUCAAUUUCACAACCAGUUGUAGGAUCCAAACUAUCCACCAAGCUUGAAAUGGAAAAAUUCAGUAGCCAAGUCACAGAGGGAACAGGCAACAGACAUUCUGUACACUCGCCUGAUCAACAGGUGCCUAUUCAGGGCAUAGAGCCUCAGAUGGAGUCUCCAGGUUGCUUGACAGUGGAGAGAAGUAAGCUGCAAAAAGAUAAUAAUGCAGAACCAAUCCAAAAUGACAAGGAGAGAUGCGACAAUAAAGAGGAAGAAGAUGGAAGUCCACGUUUGGUGAUGUCUUGUGAUGUAAAACCUGAACGGGAAGGCCUCCCGGAUGGUGCAGAAACAACAUAUGAAGUGGCUGCAGACGGGAUACCAAGCGACAAAAAACAUGACAUAGAAACAUUAGAGUCAGGUGAAAAACAAAAUGGUCCCCCUGCCAGUGGCCCAAGUAGGAUGAAGUACGAGGAAAAGGCCACACAGUGCAACAUCCUCAUCGUACCAACAGAGGACAGGGCAACUCUUUGUGAAGUCAAGGACUUUACAAAUGCAGCUUCGGCCUGUGGGUGUAGCAAAGCUGAGCAAUCGUUGACUGCGAGGGGUGGCACAGAUAAACCAAAGCCAAUGUGUGAUGCAUACGACGAGUGCAUUGUUUCAUAAAACGUUUAACUUAAAACUAAACUGAACAAUAAUCUAAGUGACAGUGCCAUUAAUUUAGUAUUAAAAUUGUACAUGCAAGAAACAUUUAGGUGCAAUUCAGUUAAUGUUACAGUCCUACUGUGUCAUCUGUAUUUCAUUCACGCAGUCUAAAUAUUUUAAUAAAAAAAAUACUUAAAGACUGGAGUUUGUAAUUAAUGUUUAUUUCUAUAAAGUAAUCCUAUGAUGAAAUCCUAGAUCUGUCUUACUUAACCCACAUUAAUUUUGUAAACAUCUUAUAAUACUUUAAGACGUAUAUGUGUGAUCUCAGAUAAAUUGGUACAUUGGUAUCACAUGAAAAAAAAGACAUAAUUGUGCAAAGCUCACUGUACAUAAAACAAAGUUUAAAAUGUUAUGAUAUAUUAAUAGAUUUUAACGUGUUAUAUUGUCAGAAAAUAAUUAACAAUCGAUUCGCUUGUGACUUCCAGUUACUUGUUCAUCGUGUCGUACUUCGGUCAAAAUCCUGA